AUGGAUACCAUUUCGACCACUGGCGCCCAACAGACAGAGAACGCAAAGAUUCAAGGAACUGUUGUGGCUUUGUAUACCCUUUGUGGAACAUUUGGAGCACUUAGCUGUAUCUGGCUUGGUGAUUUGCUCGGUCGUCGAAAAUUGAUCUUUCUAUCGAGCUUUGUCUCCGCAAUUGGAUGCAUCAUACAGUCUUCGGCUUUUGAGAUGAGCCAAUUCAUUGUCGGUCGAAUCAUCCUGGGCCUUGGCACUGGUGGAAUCAUUGCCACCGUGUCAGUCUGGCAGUCUGAGCUAUCCAAAGCCGAGACUCGAGGCGCGCAUGUCACAGCCUUCGGAGCCUUCUGCGGCAUGGGCAACUCUCUAGCCCUAUGGGUGGGCUUUGGAAUGUCCUUCACACAACCGAGCUCCCUCUCCUGGCGCUUUACCUUAGCCUUGUCCAUCUUCCUCUCCAUCCUCACCUGUUCAACUAUCUUUUUGCUCCCUGAAAGUCCUCGCUUCGUCGCUAUUAAAGGCCGUUGGGAGGAGGUACGCGAUACACUGGCACGUCUGCUUGAUGUGGAACCUCACAGCGAUAUCGUGAACACGGAGGUUGAAAACAUCCGGGUAUCACUCGAGCGUGCCAAGACAAGCAAAUUAACCGAUCUCUUCACAAUGGGCCGUCAACGGGUGUUCCAUCGCAUCGUUCUCGCUUCGUCCGUUCAGAUCAUCCUUCAAAUGACAGGAGUAAACAUCGUCGUCUCUUAUGCGCCUACCAUCUUUGAGCACCAACUUCAUUUCGACCCCAUUAAAUCCGGUGUGCUGGCCGCAUCAUCCCAGGCCGUUCUCAUCAUCGGCUCUCUCUGCUGUGUCCUGACCGUGGACCGUCUUGGACGUCGCAAGCUUAUGCUCUUCAGUGCAUUUGCCAGUGCGUCAUGCUUGGCCGCACUCGCCGGGCUCACUGCGCAUCCUGAAAAUAAGGCAGGGCUGAAAGCAGCAGUCUUCUUUACCUUCUUCUACUACUUUGUCUACGUCAUCGGAUUUUUCGGUAUUCCAUUUCUCUACGCGAGUGAAAUUGCGCCUACCCAUCUGCGGGCAGCCGUCUGCGGAAUUUCCACUGCGUUUUCCUGGCUAUACUUCAUCGUCUAUUGUGUUCUCAAUGCCUCGUUUAUUCCCUUGAUUUAUUUCUUCUUCCCGGAGACCAAGGGACGCACUCUUGAGGAAAUCGACGAGAUCUUUGAGCAUUCGACAUCUGUUUUAAACGCUGUUUCUUUGUCCAAGAAGUUCACUACACUCGCUUCAUCUAGCGACUCGUCUCUCUCCAACGAAAUUGUGGCGGCCAAGGACGAAUAUACUUGA